ACGAUGCGAUGCUGAUGUUUGACAAGACAACUAACAGGCACCGAGGGUUUGGGUUUGUCACAUUUGAAAGCGAAGACAUUGUGGAAAAAGUGUGUGAAAUCCACUUCCAUGAGAUCAACAACAAAAUGGUGGAGUGUAAAAAAGCUCAGCCGAAGGAGGUGAUGUCCCCAACGGGCUCGGCGCGAGGGCGAUCCCGAGUCAUGCCUUACGGGAUGGAUGCCUUCAUGCUCGGGAUCGGCAUGCUGGGUUAUCCAGGCUUCCAAGCUGCCACCUAUGCGAGUCGGAGUUACACUGGCAUUGCACCUGGCUACACUUACCAGUUCCCUGAGUUCCGUGUAGAGCGGACCCCUCUCCCGAGUGCCCCCGUCCUCCCUGAGCUCACAGCAAUCCCCCUCACUGCGUAUGGACCAAUGGCGGCAGCAGCGGCUGCGGCGGCCGUGGUGCGAGGGACAGGCUCCACCCCCAGUCGCACCGGUGGAUUUCUGGGCACCACCAGCCCCGGGCCGAUGGCAGAGCUUUAUGGAGCCGCCAACCAGGACUCAGGGGUCAGCAGUUACAUCAGUGCUGCCAGUCCAGCCCCGAGCACCGGCUUUGGCCACAGCCUAGGGGGUCCCUUGAUUGCAACAGCUUUUACCAAUGGGUAUCACUGAAGCUGGGGACCAAGGAGGCAGGAGGUAAGAGAGCUUUGAACAGGAACGGGUAAUGAGAGAAGUUCUGAGCUGGCCCCUGUGCUUGGGCACUCUGAAUGCUGCUGUGAUGUUUGCUGGCCUGACCCAGCCUGCAGGAGGAGUCCUGUG